UCUUCUGCUGGGGAAGAGCAUGUGGGUGUGGGUGAGAAGAGUAGGAGAACGUGGGAAUAAUUGAAUGAGGCUAAGAAUCCUUCAGACUUGCAAAGAUAAUUCAAUUUUUUAAUAAGAAUUUGUUUUAGUUCUCUGUUCUUGCAGAGAGCACAUGUGACGUUGUUGCGUUAGUGACCCUGCUACCUUAUUUAAAGAGGCGGUGCUUGUGCUUGGAAAUAGCACUCACUCAGACCCGAGAAAAAUAAAACAAUAAAAGACCCUCCUCCAUUGUCUUCAUUUGCUCUGCUUCCGUUUUGGGUACGCGGCAGAAAUGGCGAAACUAGUUUUUGCAGCGGCAGUGUUGUUUGGAAUAUUGAAUAUCUGCACGAUUCAAGUAGCUGCAUUUGCACCAUCUGGGUGGACUAAAGCCCACGCUACGUUUUACGGAGGAAGUGAUGCCUCGGGAACAAUGGGCGGGGCUUGUGGGUACGGAAACUUGUAUUCGACAGGGUACGGAACUCGGACAGCGGCUCUAAGUACAGCAUUGUUCAACAAUGGGGCAUCAUGUGGGCAGUGCUACAAGAUCAUGUGCGACUACAAAACGGAUUCCAGAUGGUGCAUAAAAGGAACUUCUAUCACCGUCACGGCCACCAACUUUUGCCCUCCCAACUACGCUCUCCCGAACAACAAUGGAGGCUGGUGCAACCCACCCCUCCAGCAUUUCGACAUGGCUCAGCCCGCUUGGGAGAAGAUUGGCAUUUACAGGGGUGGAAUUAUUCCCGUUCUCUUCCAGAGGGUUCCAUGCAAGAAGCAUGGUGGAGUUCGAUUCACAGUGAACGGGAGGGACUACUUUGAGCUGGUUAUGAUUAGCAACGUGGCAGGGGCUGGGUCUAUUCAAUCCGUGUCUAUUAAAGGUUCAAAAACCAGUUGGAUGGCCAUGUCAAGGAACUGGGGAGCUAAUUGGCAGUCCAAUUCGUAUCUGAAUGGUCAAUCUUUAUCCUUCAAGAUCACCACCUCUGAUGGCCAAGUUCGGCAAUUCAUUAACGUCGUUCCUUCAAACUGGAAAUUUGGCCAAACCUUCAGUAGCGGAGUGCAAUUCUAUUAAUUAGAAACUAAAACACAGCUUUAGAGUUCAAAGGGUUUUGAGAAUUGAGGUUUGUUCCGGAUAGGCAGAGGCGUGCUUGUUAUUUUUCUGAAGCAGCCCGCCGCUCCUUUUUCGUCCGUCUAUGAAAUUUAAUUCUGGCUGGUAAAUUGAGGUGGGGUGGAAAAACCCAUGAACUCAAGGCUUGUUGCUACUAAUAUUACCACAAAGUGUUUAAUUUUUUGGUAUUUUUCUGAAGCAAAGGAGCACUUCGAGGGUUGACCCACGAAUGUUCCCCCUGCUACUGUGUCGUAUUUGUCAUAGCACUUGCAAUAAGACGCUAGCACAUGAAGGUGCAGCUUCGCCAUGUAGAAAUAUUUACCUUUUUUUACAAUUUGUUACAUGCUUUUUUUUUUUUUUUUUUGGGCCCUUUUUCUUUUGUUAUAUGCUUGUAAUAUGUAACUUACUUGUAAUACUCCAAAUUACAUAAUUGGGAAUUAAAAAGUGCUCUGAAAAUCUUGUAGCGUGAAGCUUUGUGCAUUUCAGCUUC